CCGGCCGGUCGGCCCCUUCUGGGUCCUCCCUUUGCAGCCCGUGCGGGGCCGUCUCGGAGACCCCGCGCCGACGGCUGCUCAAACAUCAGGGAUCCCCCGACGACGGAGCGUUUUCGAAGACAUUUCUAGCCUGGUGGCAUUGAGCUUCAUGGAAGAGGCUGUGUGUUGCUGGUGGGGCGGGAUCCGGCCGGCCGGAGAGAGUGCUUUUGUUGCUUUAAUCGUUCCCAGUGACACUUCCUGAGGGCCUACUGUGCGCCAGGGAUCCGGUCCAGGAGGAGGCUGGAGGCAAGCGUGGUCCCCAGGGGUGGGCUCGCUGCGUGCGAUCUGGCCCCCGAAAGGACACUCCCCAAGUCCCCAGCCGGGGGCCCCGCAUAGACCUGGAGUGGACACCCCCUCCUUCCCUUCAUGAUUCGUUUGUAGCGCAGUGGCGAUGGAUGAUGAGGAUGGGAGGUGCUUACUAGACGUGAUUUGCGACCCUCAGGCCCUCAAUGACUUCUUACAUGGAUCCGAGAAGCUGGAUGGUGACGACCUCCUGGAUAACCCCGGGGAGGCCCAAAGUGCCUUCUAUGAAGGUCCUGGGCUCCACGUGCAAGAAGCUUCUGGCAACCACUUGAGCCCGGAGCCCACGCAGCCGGCCCCCAGCGUGGACCUAGACUUCCUGGAAGAUGCCAUCCUGGGCUCGCCUGCUGCGGGGGGCGGCGGCGGGGGCGGAGGGGGCGCCGACCAGCCCUGCGACAUCCUCCAGCAGAGCCUCCAGGAGGCCAACAUCACAGAGCAGACCCUCGAGGCCGAGGCCGAGCUGGACCUGGGCCCCUUCCAGCUGCCCACCCUGCAGCCCGCGGACGGCGGGGCGGGCCCGGCGGGGGCCGGAGGGGCCGCGGCCGUGGCCGCUGGGCCCCAGGCCCUGUUCCCGGGGGGCACCGACCUGCUGGGGCUGCAGGCCCCCCCCGCCGUGCUGACCCACCAGGCCCUGGUGCCGCCCCAGGACGUGGUCAACAAAGCGCUGAGCGUCCAGCCCUUCCUGCAGCCCGUGGGCCUGGGCAAUGUGACCCUCCAGCCUAUCCCGGGCCUCCAGGGCCUGCCCAACGGCAGCCCCGGGGGCGCCGCGGCGGCCACGCUCGGCCUGGCGCCCAUCCAGGUGGUGGGCCAGCCGGUCAUGGCACUCAACCCGCCCACCUCCCAACUCCUGGCCAAGCAAGUGCCCGUCAGCGGCUACCUGGCCUCGGCGGCCGGCCCCUCGGAGCCGGUGACCCUGGCGUCGGCCGGUGUCUCGCCCCAGGGGGCGGGCCUGGUCAUUCAGAAGAACCUCCCCACCGCCGUGGCCACCACGCUCAACGGGAACUCGGUGUUCGGAGGGGCCGGGGCCGCCCCCGCAGCGGCCGGCGGGGCACCCGCGGCGGCCCCCGGCCUCGGCACGUCGCCGCUGGUGCCGGCGCCCAACGUGAUCCUGCAUCGCACGCCCACGCCCAUCCAGCCCAAGCCCGCCGGCGUGCUGCCCCCCAAGCUCUACCAGCUCACCCCCAAGCCGUUCGCCCCCGCGGGCACCACGCUCACCAUCCAGGGCGAGGCGGGGGGCCUCCCGCAGCCGCCCAAGGCCCCCCAGAACCUGACUUUCAUGGCAGCGGGCAAGGCCGGCCAGAACGUGGUGCUGUCGGGCUUCCCGGCGCCGGCCCUGCAGGCCAACGUCUUCAAGCAGCCUCCGGCCACCACGACGGGGGCCGCCCCGCCUCAGCCGCCCGGGGCCCUGAGCAAGCCCAUGAGCGUCCACCUCUUGAAUCAGGGCAGCAGCAUCGUCAUCCCCGCCCAGCACAUGCUGCCGGGCCAGAACCAGUUCCUGCUGCCGGGGGCGCCCGCCGUCCAGCUGCCCCAGACGCUGUCGGCCCUGCCCACCAACGUGGGCGGGCAGAUCCUGGCGGCCGCGGCCCCCCACGCGGGCGGACAGCUCAUCGCAAACCCCAUCCUCACCAACCAGAACCUGGCGGGCCCGCUGAGCCUGGGCCCCGUGCUGGCCCCCCACUCGGGGGCCCACAGCGCCGCCCACAUCCUCUCGGCCGCCCCCAUCCAGGUGGGCCAGCCGGCGCUCUUCCAAAUGCCCGUGUCGCUGGCCGCGGGCAGCCUGCCCACACAGAGCCAGCCGGCGCCCACGGGCCCCGCGGCCACCACCGUCCUCCAGGGGGUCACCCUGCCUCCCAGCGCCGUGGCCAUGCUCAACGCCCCCGACGGGCUGGUGCAGCCGGCCCCCCCGGCCGCCACCGGGGAGGCCGCGCCCGUCCUCGCGGUCCAGACGGCCCCCCAGGCGCCACCGGCUGCCAGCACACCGCUGCCUUUGGGCCUCCAGCAGCCACCGGCGCAGCAGCCCCCCCCCCAGGCCCCCGCCCCUCAGGCCGCCGCCCCGCCUCAGGCCACCACCCCCCAGCCCAGCCCGGGCCUGGCGUCCAGCCCAGAGAAGAUCGUCCUGGGACAGCCACCCUCUGCCGCCACCGCGGCCAUCCUCACUCAGGACUCCCUGCAGAUGUUCCUGCCGCAGGAGAGGAGCCAGCAGCCCCUCUCCGCAGACGGCCCCCACCUCUCCGUGCCCGCCUCGGUCAUAGUCAGCGCCCCGCCUCCCGCCCAAGACCCAGCCCCGACCACCCCCACCGCCAAAGGAGCUGGCCUCGGCCCUCAGGCCCCCGACAGCCAGGCUUCCCCGGCGCCGGCCCCCCAGGUAGAUGAACCCCAGCAGCCUCUGCCCCAGCUCAGACCGAGCCUUGCCCCUGCAAACCCCUCCUUCCUGCUCCCCCCCUCCCCCUCGCUCUGGCUGCCCUGCCUGCCUCUCUGCCUCGCUGGCUUGGGAAAGGUGUCCCUUCGCUCCCCAGAUCUUUCCCCGGCGCCGCCGCCGCCGCCGCCGCCGCCGCCGCCGCCGCCCGCCAAAGUGGACGAGGCCACCAGCGGGCUCAUCCGCGAGCUGGCCGCGGUGGAGGACGAGCUGUACCAGCGCAUGCUGAAGGGGGCCCCGCCGGAGCCCGCGGCCGGCGGCGGGCAGGGCAGCGGCAGCCGGGAUCCCGCCUGGGAGGCGCCUCCCGCCAAGCGGCGCAAGUCCGAGUCGCCCGACGUGGACCAGGCCAGCUUCUCCAGCGACAGUCCGCAGGACGACACGCUCACGGAGCACCUCCAGAGCGCCAUCGACAGCAUCCUGAACCUCCAGCAGGCCCCGGGUCGGACACCUGCACCCCCGUACCCCCACGCCGCCCCGACGGCCGUCGCGCCCGCCUCCCCGUCGCCGCUGCACAGGCCCGAGGCCUACCCGCCCUCCAGUCACAACGGCGGCCUCGGCGCCAGGACGUUGAACAGAUAACACCGGGCUGGUCUUCCCUUCCCCUGUCCCGCCUCCCCAGGUCCGCGCGGACGCCGGGGUGGGGGUGGGGGCCCGGCCGGGCGCCUGACCUCAGCCUCCUGGGGGGGACACGAGCCGCCGGGGAUCCCCCGACAGUUUUUCUUGCCUAAGUUAUUUGAGUCACAAAGGCCCCCUCCCCCACUUCCCGCGCCAGCCGGGCUUGUUGGGUGUGGGAUCGGGGGACUUCGGGGAGGGGGCUGUGGUGUAAAAUGCCCCCCUGCCAAAGGUGGGGGCGAUCCCGGUGUUUCGUCAUUUCCUAUUUCUUCCCGCUUCCUGCCACGCUCUGCCCCACCGUCGGGGGAUGGGGGUGGGGGGCACGUGUGCGUUUGCCGGGGUUGCAGGUACCCUGGUUGCUCCCCACGCGUGUCCCCGGACUGGGCUCGUCCGCGUGGCUUCAGAGACCCACGCGCCGAGGGCGCUCAAAGCUGGGGGGGCUGGGGGAGGGGGGUCCCUGCCAGCCUCGCCCAGCCCCCCUCUCUCUCUAGCGCCCCCCACAGGCUGUGAGAAGAACCACAGGGCAGGGCGGGCGUCAGCCAGCGUCCCGGGGGGCCCCCCUCUCGGAGGGCUGUGCCCGCGGGCACCGUGUCACAUCCACGUGUGUGCGUCCAGCUCCGUGUCCUGUGUCCCCCCCCCCCCCGUGUGUGUGCUCGAGUGAGCAAGAGAGAGAGAGAGAGAGAUUUCGAACCCUCCCGUCCCUCGACUUAAAAUCCGAGCACCUCCCAAACAGGAAACCGGGGUCUCCCUCCCACCCCUCCACCCCUCACCCCCACCCCAGCCAGUCUUCCCAAUGUUCUUCCUGCCGCCAGCCACCCGCGCCAGAUUUUGAAAUCUCGGAGACAAAAACUAGUACUGUAAGAUAAAUUUUUUUGUACUGUAUUUAUUGUGUAUAACGAUUUUUUUAAAGGAGAAUUCUGUACAUUUAGAACUCUUGUAAAUUAAAAAACUGAUCCUUUUUUUAAAACUGU